AUGAGAGGAAGCCCAAAGACUUCGCUGAGUGGAGGCACAGCUUUCUCUGCAGAGAGGGGCCGAAGGGGCGGCGCGAAGGCCGCCGCUUGCCGCAGCAGCCGCAGCAGCAGCAGCAGCAGCAGCAGCAGAAGGGCUACUGAGAAGUCUUCAGCUGUUGAAGAUGAGGAAGCAGAUGUGGUUGGCUCUGCAUGCGGCUUCGUAGCAUAUGAAGAGGGGCUUAUUUUCUACUCCACGUACACCGUAACAGAGGUUAGCAGCAGCAGCAGCAGCAGCAGCAGCAGCAGCAGCAGCAGCAGCAGCAGCAGCACGACGAUUAAAGUAGGGGACUUUGUGGAUAUUCUCGCCAGCCGACUGCGCAGCAAUUCGUCUCUGCUGCAGUACAGAUUUGCUCAAGUUAUGGCGAUAUACCAGGUGCCUGCAGCAGCAGAAGCAGCAGCAGCAGCAGCAGCAGCAGCAGCAGUAGCAGCAGCAGCAGAAAGAGCAGUAGCAGCAGUAGCAAGAGCAGUAGCAGUAGCAGAAACAGCACAAACAACAGCAGCAGCAGCAGAAGCAGCAGACAGAGCAGUAGCAGCCGCAUCAGAAAGAGCAGGAGUAGCAGGAGUAGCAGUAGCAGCAGAAGCACCAGCAACAGCAGCAAAACAACAGACAGCAGGAGCAGCAGCAGCAGCAAGACUAAACUCUUAUGAUGAGUGUUUGUUAUUACAGGAGGCCCCUCCAAACUUUAAUCCACCCACCUCAGCCGAAGCUGCUUCCUUCACUUCCUCUUCAUUAAUACCCUCAGGGGCCCCCCAAGGGGCCCCUGAGGGUACUGAUAGGAGGAGGCGAAGAGGGAGGGGCCCCCCUGGGGGCCCCUCAGCUGCAAAGGGGGGGCCCCCUGGGGGCCCCUCUGAUGCUAGGGGUAGGGGGGCCCCUGGGGGCCCCUCAGGUGGAUUUGGGGGGCCCCCUGGGGGCCCCUCGGAAGGAGAUGAGGGGCCCCCUUUGACCCCUAUUAUGUUUGAAGUUCGAUGGGUUUAUGAUGCGGAGGACCUGCAGCAAUUUGGCGUCUCCUCAGCUAAGAAGUGUCUCCUAGGAGAAGAUGAAUAUGCAGAAUCUGAUGAGCUGCUGCUAGCCUGCAGCAAGUACCACUGGAUAUAUUCGAAGGGAAGCGAGCAGCAAAUAAACCCCAGAGCAGACGCCGGGUUGACUCCUGUGCAACGAGCCAUCCGCCGACUGCAACUAGACAGCGACGGCGGAGUUUCAAAAGUGACUCCUGUGCAACGAGCCAUCCGCCGACUGCAACUAGACAGCGUCCCUGACACUCUGCCGUGCAGGACGGCGGAGUUUCAAAAGGUUCGGCAGACGAUAUUAACCGGCAUCAGACAACAACAAGGCGGAGAGCUGCUUUGUGAGACGGUUCCUGCGUUCCGGUGUAUCGAAGUAAAUGCAAUGAGGCUUCAGCACCCAGAUAUGGUCGUAUUGGUUGUUGAUGAAGUAGAUUGUCUGCAGAGCCGCAAGCAACGCGUUUUAUAUACUUUGUUUGACUGGGCCUUCAGCCCCUCUUCUUCUUUUAUUUUAAUUGCUAUUGCCAACACUAUUGACCUCCCUGAAAGACUUGCUAACGCUCGCUGCACUUCAAGAAUAGGGUUUGGGCGGCUGACCUUCAAUCCUUAUACGAGUGAACAGAUCGAAGGAAUAAUCCUUGAACGCCUGCAGGAUUGCAAAGACCUCUUUGCUGAGGCGUACACCGCAGGGUUUGGGCGGCUGACCUUCAAUCCUUAUACGAGUGAACAGAUCGAAGGAAUAAUCCUUGAACGCCUGCAGGAUUGCAAAGACCUCUUUGCUGACGCAGCCAUCAAAGUGUGUGCGCGGAAGAUUGCGAAUUUCUAUGGAGAUAUCCGCAGGGCCUUGCAGGUCCUCAGACGAGCGCUGGAGUCGCUACGUGAAGGGAAGAAGAUCCAUCCUGCCGAUAUCACCAGCGCCGCCAACGACCUCUUCGAUUCCCCGCUGAAGGACUCGAUUUUGCUGUUACCUCGGGGGAUGAAGCUGCUGCUGUAUUGUUUGCUGCGGCAGCAGCGACAAUCGGGUUGUGGGGUGGCGCUGCACUGUCUGUACACCUCAGUGCAAACGCUGCUGCAGACACACCCUAGCAUUCUUAUAGGCAGCAGCAGCAGCAGCAGCAGCAGCAGCUGCGCUGUUGCAGAGCAUAGCAGAGUACUGGAUAUGCAGGACCUCAAGGCCAUGAUUGACACCCUGGCCAGCAUGCGCAUUGUUGAGGUGUAUCUGCAUCUACCGCGGACUGAAGAGCCUCUGCCUGCAGUACCACCUGCUGCUGCUGCUGGCAGCAGCAGCAGCAGCAGCAGGAAGGCAGGCGCCCAUACACCUGGAGGGCGAAGAGGGUUUGCUGUUGACGCUGUUAUCGAUGAAGCUGGAGGAGACACUGAAAUUGCUAUUAUUGCGCCGAUACGUUUGCGUAGCAGCAGCAGCAGCAGCAACAGCAGCAGCAGCAACAGCAGCAGCAGCAGCAGCGCUGCAGUGUCUAGUACCGCAGCAGCAGCAGCAGGAGUAGCACCAGCACCAGCAAACCUUGCUGCUACAACUGCAGCAGAGGAGCUACUUGUGCUGCCACCCAAUGCCUCCUUUGACGAGAAGCAGCAACAACAGCAGCAACAGCAGCAGCAACAAGAGAGAGCAGCAGCUGCAGCUAUUUUCCUCGCAUUCCCACUCGCGAUACAGCAGCAGCAGCAACAGCAGCAGCAACAGCAGUAG